AAUUUGACACAAUACUACUUAAUACAUUUGCAAUUAGAUUCAGAAUAAUUUUUUUAUUGAAUUCCCUGUUUUACUAUUGUCUCGAUAUAUUUUUAUUAAAAAAUUCUGGAGACCUUGUAUAUUAAAAGAAACAAUGGUUGUUGGAGCUUUCCCUAUUGCUAAAUUAUCUGUACUUCUAGUCAAGCAAAUUAGCAAACCUAUCGCAAAUGCAUGUAAAGAACGGGCCAAAAAUAGUCCUUUUUUCAGGACUUAUGUUUGCAUGCCUCCUGCUCAAUUCUACAAUUGGUGUGAAGUAAAAGCAAAAAUGUGGAUUUUAAAUUUGGGAAAGCCUGUGAAUAUUCCAGUAUUAAGUCAGGAAAUGGCAAUCGAAUUAGGGGCUAACCUGCUUGGUGAAACUGUUAUAUUUGUUAUUGGUGCUGGAUUACUCAUAAUAGAGUACAACAGGCAAAGUAAGAAGGAAGCUGCUAAGGAAAAUAAAAGAGAGGAGGAAAUGAAACACAUCACUAGUACUAUAACAGACCUGUACUUCACAGUUCAACGACAACAAACACAGCUCAGGGAAAUGGAGAGAAUUAUUUAUUCAAUAAGUGGACAAAAACCAACUCAACCCUCAUCACCUGCUGCACCAGGAAACCAGCCUCCACCAGCACCUCCAACUGCUGCUACACCACAGAAUAUGAACCAUAUUAGAAACUAUGAAGAUAUGCCCGUAACAUAUACACCAUAUCCCAACAAGGGAAUAAUCCUGCAAUCUCUUAACUAUAUUCAAAUGGAUGCAUUGAGUUCACUGUUUCCAUGUAAUGGCAGUAAACGAGAUAUAUCUGAAGAAGAUAAACCAAUACAGCAACACAGAAGAGGCCCAGCGGUUUUAUCACAAGCAUUGUAUAAUAUAGAAAAUAAUUUCAGAAGUUUAUUUUAAAAUUAUUUAUCUAUUAAUAUAUAGAAGAAUUAAAACAAUUAGCAGAAAUACUUAAUAUAUUUUUUGCAUUAUGAGAUAGAUAUGCUUGUAAUAGGUUACAUAUGUAUUUAUACUAAAAAUAUAACUUCUUAUAGUUCUUAACUAUUCAAAUAUCUGUAGGUAUCCAUGAACUGACAAAAAGUGAAGAUUGUUAUAUAAUUGUUAUAAUGUACUAUAUUAAUUUAAAUAUAUUGAGAUUGUCUAAUAUCAUUAUAUUGUUUUAUAAACGAUGAUGGUUCUGGUAGUUUUAUGUGAUUUUUACAUUAAAAAUUCAACGACCCUAUUACGAGUUUAAGUAUAUCAGGCAAUCUUAAUUUCGACAUUGUAAGAUGGACGUUUGUUUUCGAAUAUUUUUUUUGUUUGUAGUAAUCUCGUUUUGUAAAGCUGUAAUUUAGUAGUGUACAUAAAUUAUCAAAUCUACAA